ACUAAAGAAAACGAAUCGCUCAGAGUAACCCCGAAUCUCCACGUGUGUGUCUGCCCUAAUGGUGAAUUAUCUCUUUAAUUUAGGGAUUUUGUUAGAGACAGAUUUAGAUUAUUGAAGAGCGUUUAUUUGCCAAAGGCCUUUAUGAGAGACAGGGUAUAUUGUGUAUUAUUUGGUGUAUAUUUUAAGUGUUUACAUCAGGCAUACAUCCAGCAUGAAUAGCAACUCCCAGUCACUAUUAUUUGAACUGUAAAUGCACGCCUUCUUAAAUUUUAUAUUGAAUACUGCACAUUAUUUUCCAAAUCAUUACUAGUGAAUACUUUAGGUAUCUCCAGUUUGUAUCUAGGUGUUAAGUGACAGCGGUAUUAGCAGUGGCAGGUUUACCCAGGCACAACAGACAAGACAGCAGCUUUCUGUAUACACCUCUGUGAACAUUAUGGGAACCCCUAAAAACUUUUAUGAUUACUACCUGAAUAGUAAGCAUAAUGUCUGUUGGAAACAGUUAGAAAUAGAAAGCAAGUACUUGACUGUAGAUUUUUAUUCUGAGCAUUUGGCAUAUUUGCUUUGCCAGGGAAAACUUGUGAGAAUUUAUACUAGCAGGGGAACUAUAGUUGGGGUUUGGUUCUUGCUGAUAAGCUGAUAGGGGGAGCAUGGGGCAGUAUAGCUGAUGUUUACUUGCAUUUCACUCUGCUAAACUAACAAUACAAGUAGAAGCUUUAUGGGAAAUCAAUUCGAUUUGUCAGGUAUUCAGAUCAUCGUAAUGUCUUCUCCAACUAUUUUACCUUCUCCUCUUGCUCAGUAAAAAAAAACGUAAUUUGCAGUACAAUUUAUAAUUUAGUUCAGUAGGAUAUGACAAUAUUGACAUCAUUACACACUAAGCUUGUUUAUAGGGGUGUUUCAGCAGCUGAAAGCAGUAUUUGUUUUUCCUUUUCUAUUUUGACUCUUAAAUUCAGUCUGCAGUGCAGUCAGUCUGCAGUGCAGAUCGUAUAAACAGACAUAUACUGCUUUCAACAGUAAUUAAACAUAACUUCAAUGUAUAUUAGAAAGCUGCUUAGAGUGACACUUUAUGGGAGCAGUUAAAUACCUAAUUUGAUAAUGGAACAUUAUUUUACAUAUGUAAAUGCAGGAAGGGAUUUAGGCUAUAUGUUCAUAUCACAAGGAAGAAAAAUACUUUCUUUGCACUCAUCAUUUCCUUGUCAAGAGGCUGCACAUGUUCCUGAGCAGGAGAAGAAAAGUGCAAGCAAAAGGUCUUCCUCUAAUGCAAAAUAUAAAGACUCUUAAGUAUUCAUCCAAGAGUCAUCCCAGCAGCAGUGAUCACCGUCAUGACAAGAUGCGAGACUCCACCGAUCCUUCUCCACCAAACAAAAUGCGAAGAUCUAACAGUCCUGAAAAUAAGUAUAUUGACGGGGCAGGACACGGGAAAGCCAAAAGUGUGCACCUUCACAGAGUCCGUGAGAGGGAUGGAGGGACCAGUUUUUCUCCACAAGAAAAUUCCCAUAACCACAGUGCUAUUCAUAGCUCAAAUUCACAUUCUUCUACUCCAAGCAAAACGGCUGAUUCUGCGUAUGAUCCUACAGAUGACUGGUCUGAGCAUAUUAGUUCUUCUGGAAAAAAAUACUAUUAUAACUGCAGAACUGAAGUUUCCCAGUGGGAAAAACCUAAAGACUGGCUUGAACGAGAGCAACGACAAAAAGAGUCGAGCAAAGUGGCAGUUAACAGUUUCCCCAAGGAUAGAGACUACAGAAGAGAAUCAAUGCAAGCUGCUGCAGCUGUGGAGGAGAAACAUUCCGGUGACGCCAGCACGAUGUUGCCACAGAAUAUCUUGUCUCAAACAAGCCGGCACAAUGACAGAGACUACAGACUCCCACGAACAGACACUCACAGUAGUGCUGCCCCAGUGCAACACUCCAUUAAAACCGCCGUUCACCCAGCUGCCGCUCCAAGUGUGAUUCCUUCUAGUCCUUUUACAGUACAGCCUGAUCCUCCUCCAAAGAAAUCUUAUGAUGCAAAUGGAGCUCCUUUAUCCAAACUGCCUACACCCACGUCUUCCAUACCAGUGCCGAAAUCUGAAAGGAAAGAAACUACACCUUCUGAUAAAUCAUCCUGUACAACUCCUUCCACAUCAUCUGCGCCUGGAUUAAACCCGUCUGCUGCUCCUCCUUCUUCCUCCUCCACAGUCCCAGUCUCUCCUGUGCCGCAGUCCCCAAUCCCCCAAAUACUGCAUGAUCCAAACCUUUUGCGGCAGCUCCUUCCUGCUUUGCAAGCCACUCUACAGUUAAAUAAUUCCAAUGUGGAUAUAUCCAAAAUUAAUGAAGUCCUUACAGCGGCUGUGACACAGGCUUCUCUGCAAUCGAUUCUACAUAAGAUUCUCACUGCCGGCCCAUCAGCCUUCAAUAUCACCUCUCUGAUCUCUCAAGUUGCACAGCUAUCGGCACAAGCUGCUCAGUCUAAUCAGUCUCCAAUGUCUCUGACAUCGGAUGCCUCAUCGCCAAGGUCAUAUGUAUCCCCUCGAAUCAGCACGCCCCAGACAAACACCGUUCCUCACAAACCUUUGCUUAACACGCAACCUGUGACAUCACAGCCAAAGGUCAGUACCACUGGUUCAAAGCAAGGAUCAUCCGCACAGACAGUAUCUCAGCAGUCCUCUGCUACUGACAAAUCCCAAGGGCAUGAGCCUGCAUCUCCUCGAAACCUGCAGCGUCAAAGUAGUAGUCAGAGAAGCCCGUCUCCUGGUCCAAAUCAUAACUCCAGCACUUGUGUAUCAAGUACAUCUGCACCACAGAACUCCUCUGCCCGAUCUUCAUGUUCGUUGACGCCUACACUAGCUGCCUACUUCAAUGAAAACCUUGUAAAGCAUGUCCAAGGAUGGCCCGCUGAUCAUGCAGAGAAGCAGGCAUCAAGAUUACGGGACGAAGCCCACAAUAUGGGAAGCAUACACAUGUCUGAAGUUUGUACAGAGUUGAAAAAUUUAAGGUCUUUAGUUCGAGUUUGUGAAAUUCAAGCAACUUUGCGUGAGCAAAGGAUACUGUUCUUGAGACAACAAAUCAAGGAACUUGAAAAACUGAAAAACCAGAAUUCCUUCAUGGUGUGAAAACCUGACUUGCACAAGGUUUUAGAACUGUAAAAGGAAGAGCCCAGUCUCAAGAUUUAUGGACUGCUCACGAGCAAGCUUUAGACUGUGGACUCUUCACGGGGUGUGGGGACUGGAGGAAGUCAAUUCAGGGGGAGGCAAAUACAAGAGCGAUUUGUAAAAAAAACCCUGAAAUGUAGAUUUCUUGUAGAUGGAUCCUUCACGUUGUAAAUAUGUUUUGUAGAUUGAAGCCAUGGGAAGCCCAUGUGUAUCAGAGCUUUGACAUCCAAAACUAAUCAAUGCUGAGGUGGUUAAAUGCCUUUUUCAUCUAUGCGUCUGAAAAUGUAGCUGUUUUUUUUUCUUUUUUUUCUGUUAAUUUAUCAUUCAGAAAUCCUCGCUUUUCCAGAAAUUAGAUGCCAGCAGCGGGCAAUGUAUCCAUGUCUGAAAUCUCACAGUCUGGGCAGUGUACAAAAAAACAUUUUUCUCAUCCGAUGCACCACAGCCUUGUGUAAGAGCAGUGCUUUCCUUAUUUUUUUUUUUUAUUUUAUAAAAAAUAUAUCCUAUAAUUGUUCCUCCCCACGUUCUAGACUCAGUAUUUUUUCCCCCCAUUUCGUUUAUGGCACUGUUGCUAUGGCACUUUUUUUUUCCUAUUCUCUUUUUCAUUCCUGUGUACAGUAGCUUCCAUUGCAGUGAUUGAGCGAAAGCCACUCGUUUGUAUAAAUUAUUGAAAAAAAAAAUGUAUUUCCACUCGCACCCUAUAAAGAGCUACUCAUAGCAGUUGGGCAUGUGUGCUUAAAGUACAUCAUUUGCUCAGUCAUAUAAUACAAAAAAAAAACCACCCUAGCCCAAAUAAGAUAUACAUAAUAUGGUUGUGUGGGGGAACAGAAGAAACCAAGCUAGUCAGAUGUGAACUGUAUCUGUUGUAAUAAACAUGUUAAAAGAGA